GAACUUGGAAGACAGGAUCGACAUAAAAGUUUACCGACAAAAAGUGCUCAAGUUGCGUUUGAAAAGUCAAAAAUACUCUUAAGCUUGCGACCGAAGAGGCUAGAUGACAAAAUACUCGAGUUCGAGGUUUAACUUUAAAGAUAUAAAUGCUCCUGAGACGUUUGUUUUGCUCUUAAGAUUAAGGAAGUUUGCCUUCGGAAAUCCACGGGUUUGAGAUCGAAGAAGGUUGUAGACAGAAUGCUCGUGGAAUGAGGUUGUUUCCAGCCCGUGGUUUUACACGCAUGUGACUCAGAAAGAGAGAGUGCGCACUGACUCACGAGAGCCGCUUCGCGUCGUGAAUGAGGUCAAAUAUUAAGGAUGCCAAAGACGGAAAAGGAAGGAAAAGGGAGUCUGAGGGAGAAAGAAAAGCGGGUGAGGUUUCGCAGCAGCGUCCUUCUGCAGACGCUCGGCUCGGCAUCAGGAGUUUAAAGAGAAGCCUUCAGGUCAACAUGAAUUUAUUGCUAAACCUGCUGUUGCUGCUUUUUGCUCUGUGCUGUGCUGCAGAUCCCAAAGUGUUCAGUAUCAGACAGAAGAGAGGCACACGCACAUAUAGAGACGCUUGUGUGGAAGCUAAUUCAGCCGCGGUCAGAGACAUCGGGAUGACGUGGCUGCGAUGGAAGGGUCAGAAAGUUGAAUUCUGCCGCUGCGCUGUUCGAGCAAGAACACGCUGUCACGAGAUACCGGUGACCAAAUGCUUUGUGUCUAAGUGUUAUAAUGGAGGGACGUGUAAAGAAGCCGUUUACUCCAAUGACUUCAUCUGCCAGUGUCCUCCUGGGUUUACAGGCACUCAGUGUGAAAUCAGCACAACUGAGCGGUGUUCCAGGGGUCAGGGGUCGGGUUACCGUGGCACCUCGAGCAUGAGUGUGUCAGGACUGGAGUGUAUUAACUGGAAUUCCAGCUCACUCCGAGGGAAGAAGUUCACCGCCAAGAGACCAGAGGCAAACAGUCUGGGACUGGGAAAUCACAACUACUGCAGGAAUCCAGACGGAGACUCUAAACCCUGGUGUUACGUUUAUAAAAAGGCUCAGAUCACGUGGGAGUUCUGCUCUUUACCGACCUGCGCCAUCGACCCCUACCUAGAGUGCACACGGGGGUCCGGUCAGACCUACAGAGGGACGAAAGCCGUCACCCGCAGCGGUUUGAAGUGUCUGUCGUGGGAUUCACCUGCAGUGUCUCGAAAGAUCUACAACGCAUGGAGGUCGGACGCCGGGCAGAUCGGCAUCGGAAGCCACAACUUCUGCAGGAACCCAGACGGUGACCUCGGCCCCUGGUGUCACGUCUAUAAAGGCUCUCAGUUGACCUGGGAGCUCUGUGACGUCCCUAAGUGUCCGAGGAAAACUCCGUCAAUCACCACACACGGGCCGCGGGCCCCGAUAACCACCAGCAAUCAAGGUUCCUGCGGUCAGCGCGUGGAAGCUCCUUCAAACUCCCUGCCGACGUUCAGGAUCCGUGGAGGUCAGGUCAGCGACAUCAGAGAGCAGCCGUGGCAGGCCGCCAUCACCGUCUAUCUGCCCCGAGCCAAAUCAUACAACUUCCUCUGUGGAGGCGUCCUCAUCGACUCCUGCUGGAUCCUCUCUGCCGCUCACUGCUUCCAGGAGAGAUUUGAGGAGAAUCGUCUUCGAGUGGUUCUGGGUCGAACCUUCAGGCUUCAGAACUCCAGCAGCGAGCAGAUCUUUGACGUGGAGAAAUACUGGAUCCACGAGCAGUACGACGACGAGACGUAUGACAACGAUAUCGCACUGCUCAAGUUAAAGAGCGAGAGCGGUAUCUGUGCCGUUCACUCUCCAGAAGUCCUUCCCGCGUGUUUACCUGAACCUAACCUGGUCUUACCGGACUGGACGGAGUGUGAGAUCUCUGGUUACGGGAAAGAGGAAGAGUUUUCUCCGUUUUACUCGGAGAGAAUUAAGCGAGGUCUGGUGCGCCUGUGGCCGCAGGAACAGUGUGUCCCGGAGAAGCUGGCCGGUCGUCUGGUGACCCCAAACAUGCUGUGCGCCGGAGACACGCGGGGCCUGGACGACGCCUGCAAGGGGGAUUCCGGCGGUCCUCUGGUGUGUCCCAAAAACGGAAGGAUGACUCUGAUGGGUUUGAUCAGCUGGGGCGACGGCUGCGGGAAGAAAGACACGCCUGGCGUUUACACGCGGGUCACAAACUACACAAACUGGAUCUCCAGCAAGAUGAGAGCGAACUGAAGCACAAACGAACGGCAUUCCCACAAAACGCAGCCGACGACUGGGGGAAAGGGCCGACCUCCACACCUACUGGACUCUAUCUUUGGGGGUUUGAGGAGGAGACGUGGAAAUACGACGAAUGCUGUGAGCCGGUGAUUGUAGAUCAUGUUGCACACGGGAUGAGAAAUCCGACUCCAAAGAACGCUUUUAAUUCACAACACACAACGCGGCCUUCGAUUUGCAAAAGGACAACAUGAGAAACGCACGAUAACGGGUGCUAACUCUGAUGCACAAGGUCUAUUAGAAGUAAAAUUGUUUUUUUUAAUGAUAGCGGAUUUAGAGGCACUUUUGCUUUGCUUUUAAAUAGUAAAGAUGUGAGCGAGCGGCUGAUGGCACUUUUGAAUGUUACGUGAUGCUUGUUAAAUCAUAAUUAUUUUUAACACUAAGCAUCUGCUGGGUCAGAGCGACGUUGGUUUUGGUUAGUGUUGAUCUAAACGCAUUCAUUUGACUGUAUUUAAUACGACUUGUUUUUGACUGCAAAUUGUCUUUAGCAUCCCAGAUCUAAUAUUAUUACAGGCUUUAGAUCUUGGGAUGCAUAUUAAGUUAAUAUUUAACUAUUUAACAUCUUUUAUACACUUUUUGUACACAUGAGCAGCUAGUGCUAAAUUAUUGAUUUUAUACGGUUAACGCUUGUAUGUUAUUUUCGCCUGACAUUUUAUAAAACGUGAAAUGGAAACUGUUCUUUGUCUUCUUUAUGAAAGUGUUCAUUGCAGAUUCAGGAGAUGAUUAUAUGUUUUGUAGCGAGUGCUUUGUGAAUUCACACUGUCGAUUUAGUCAAACUGGAUAACGGGUGAGCGAUUUCAGGAAAAACUGCGAAACAGUUACAAAAUAAAAGUCAUUUCAGAGA